CCCGGAGCGUCUCCAUCUCGCCUUCCUUCCGCACCUUGCCUCACCAGUCCAGCCGCAUCUUCUUCGCACAGGUUCGGGCGAGCGGGGCCAUGCAGCCGGCCGCGCUUCUCAGCCUCCUGGGAGCCGCGGUGCUGGCCGCUGUCAGUUCUAUGCCAGUGGAUAACAGGAACCACAACGAAGAAAUGGUAACUCACUGCAUCAUCGAGGUCCUCUCAAAUGUCCUGUUGAAGUCCAAGGCUCCCAUCACCCCUGAGUGCCGACAAGUCUUGAAGAAGAGUGGAAAAGAGGUCAAAGAUGAAGACAAAAGUGAAAAUGAAAACACAAAGUUUGAAGUAAGAUUGUUAAGAGACCCAGAUGAUGCCUCGGAGGCCCUCAGGCCUUCUAGUAGGGAGGGAACAGGAGCCCCAAGAGAAGAGGACACCCAAGGCUUGACAAAGGCAGACACAGAGAAAUGGGCAGAGGAAGGCAGGCACAGCCGAGAAGGAGCACACGAGCCCCAAGGGAGCCUCUAUCCCUCCAACAGUCAAACCUCCAAAGAAGCAAAGACACGCCAUUCUGAGAGGAGUGAGGCAGAGGACUAUCAGAAAAAAGAGCUUGGGGAAGAUGACAGCGAAGAGAAACAUCUUGAAGAGCCAGAAGAGACACAAAACGCCUUUGUCAACAAAAGAAACCAGGCCACGGCUAAGAAUAGAGAGGGAUUAGGGGCCAGAUCUGAUACACGCUCUGCUGGGCGCUCUGAGGAGAAGACACACAGCCGGGAGAAGAGUAGCCAGGAGAGCGGAGAGGAGACGAGAAGCCAGGAGAAACACCCCCAAGAGUCUAAAAGCCAGUCCUGGAGCCAGGAAGUGUCUGAGGAAAGUGAGGAAGAUGCUACCUCUGAGGUGGCCAAACGACGCACGAGGCCCAGACACCACCAUGGAAGGAGCAGGCCCGACAGGUCCUACCAAGAAGGGAAUCCUCCCUCUGAGGAAAGGGGACACCCCCUUGAGGCAUCGGAGGAGUCAAACAUGGGCCUAGACACUUUAGAGGAAAAGAGGGACCACCACUCAACCCACCACAGGGCUUCAGAGGAAGAACCCGAAUAUGAGGAAAAAGUGAGGAGUUAUCCAGGGGUCCAGGCUCCUGAGGGCCUGAAGGCAGAACGAUAUGGGGGCAGAGGAAGUGAGGUGUACAGGGCUCCCAGGCCUCACAGUGAGGAGAGCUGGGAGGACAAGAGAAACCUCCUCAGCUCAGAGCUUGACAGUGUGGCACGUAGAUAUAAAGAAGAAAGUGAGGAGGAGAGGGGCCGUGAUGGGGGAAAGGGGCAGCAUCAGAGAGGCAGGGGAGGGGAGCCAGGUGUCUAUUCUGCUCCUGACCCCAGAGAAGAGAAAAGGCUCUUGGGUGAAGGACACCUCCGUGUUCAAGAAAGCCAGCUGGACAAGUCAAGGAGGUAUCCACAAGGUGAGUGGAAGGAGCAGGACAGAAAUUACCUCAACUAUGGUGAGGAAGGAGCCCGACGGAAGUGGCAGCAGCAGGAGGACCUGCAAGACAUGGAAGGAAACAGGGAGGAAGCCAGGCUUCAAGACAAACAAUACGGCCCCCGUCACAUCACUGAAAAGAGGAAGAGAUUGGGGGCGAUCUUCAACCCAUACUUUGACCCUCUCCAGUGGAAGAGCAGCCAUUUUGAGAAAAAAAACAACAUGGAUGACAAUUUUCUUGAGGGUGAAGAGGAAAAUGGGCUGACCUUGAGUGAGAAGAAUUUCUUCCCAGAAUAUGACUAUGAUUGGUGGGAGAAAAAGCCCUUCUCGGAGGAUGUAAACUGGGGAUAUGAGAACAGAAACCUCCCCACAGCCCCGAAACUGGAUCUGAAAAGGCAGUAUGACCGAGUGGCUGAACUGGACCAGCUCCUUCACUACAGGAAGAAGUCAGCUGAAUUUCCGGCUGACUAUGAUUCUGAGGAGCAGAUGAGCUCACGCCCCGAGGCAGAAAAUGAAAACAACAGGGCUGACCAGAGAGUUCUGACAGAGGAAGAGGAAAAAGAACUUGAAAACUUGGCUGCCAUGGAUUUGGAACUACAGAAAAUAGCUGAGAAGUUCAGCCAAAAGGGUUGA